UCUAGCACCUUCUUAAAUACCUGUUACGAAUUUGCCGAAAGAUAAUUUAAAUGCCCUAUUAAGGGAUUACCACCCUACCUUUGCAAAUCGGAAUUUACCUGUUACUUACAAGUGUAUUUGUAAUUCAGUAAAUAGAAUCAGUUCAUACCGAUAGGUGUAACAAGGUGAAUUGGUUUUUAAAAUGACGUCUGUUGUGUAUAAUAUUUACUACGUGAUUUUUUUGAGCGUGUGGGUUGGACACAUUCUUGCCGGAGGACUUCUUAUAAAUUUCCCAUCAAUUUGUGAAAGAAGGGGACAAAUAUGUAUCGAAAUAAGGAAAUGUCCGUUUUUUGACGACCUACUCAACAGGAGUUCCAUACCUCGACCGAGAAGCGUCAUAGAAAAAAUUCGUGAAAACCAUUGCUGGCUCGUUAACAACACCCCCUAUGUGUGUUGCGACAAACCCACACCACCACCACCGCCGCCGCCAUCUACAACGCUACCACCACCACCACCACCAACACCACCACCAACACCACCUCAACUACAUAGGGAAGAGAGGGAUGACAUGUUGACUAACAUAUUCGAUGCUCUCGACAAUGAAGUCAGCAAACAUAAAAAUUUCAAUUUGCUGAGGAACGACAUAUGUGGACCAAUUUACACAGAUUUCAGGAUAACUGCUGGGAAGAAAACGGCGCUUGGCGAAUUUCCGUGGAUGGCUCUGAUUGCUUAUCACACAGAUAACGGUUUGGAUUUUAGAUGCGGGGGAACUGUUAUAAAUGAGAGAUAUGUGCUCACUGCAGCCCAUUGUAUAUUGAGUUCCAGCAUAGUUGGGGUAAGGUUGGGGGAGCAUAAUUUGAAAACCAUAAAAGACUGCGACACGGACAGAAAUGAAUGCGCGCCUCCAACUCAAGAUUUCUAUAUCGAGGACGUAAAAAUACACCCGCUUUAUAAUUCCAAGACGUUCAACAAUGACAUUGCUUUGAUCAGAUUGGCAACUCCGGCCAAUUUCAGUUUUUCCAAUGUUCAACCCAUAUGUUUACCGUCAAAUGAGUUCGAUACGAUUGGAAAAAAUGCCAUAGUAUCGGGAUGGGGAGUUACAGAAACUGGUUUCAAGAGUUCAGAGCUAUUGAAGGUGUCUGUUCCAGUAUUACCAAUAGCGAUAUGUCAACGGAACUACAAGAGGUUCGCGACCAUCACCUCCAACCAGAUCUGCGCCGGGGGUUACAAGGGAAAAGACUCAUGCGGGGGCGACAGCGGAGGACCCCUGAAAUACAUGGGACUCAUUGAAGGUACACCCAGAUUUAUUCAAUACGGGAUUGUGUCUUACGGUCCUAGGCACUGCGGUACUGACGCACAACCCGGCGUAUACACCAAAGUGUCUAAAUAUUUGGAGUGGAUUCUGGAUAAUCUGAGGCCAAACGAAGACGAAGACGAAGCGCAGCUUGAUUAAGACGAAGUGCACCUGGAUUGAAGAUGAAGUGCAGCUUGAUUAAAACGAAGUGCACCUGGAUUGGAGACGAAGUGCACCUUAAUUAAACCAUCCCCAAUUUAUUUCCAUAUAUUUCCAUAAUUUAUUUGUAAAUAGUUAACAUAGCUUUAUAUAGAUGUAUAUUUUGUUGUGAUACGUACUUGUAAAUUUAUAUUAAUAAAUAUUUAAGAGUGACUUUACAGAGAAA